GCGUGCGCAACUCACGGCGCGGACGCAGGCGUUACCAAACCAACGCUAAUAACGGUUAUUAAUAACGCGAUAUUAUAAGUUAUAACCAGUGAUUUGUUGAUGUUAGUUUGAAAUUUAAAUUUCGUGAACGUUCAUUUUCUGACAGUGAAUGUAUGGAGAAUAACAAAGUGUUGUUUUUUGUAAAUAUUGAAAUGGUUAUUUAAGAAGUGUAUUUUUUAGUACAGUUAAAUUUUAAUGUCAAAGAAAAGAGAUAAUAAAGCACUUUUCUUAAUUCAAAUUACACAAAAAAACUUACGAUCUCAAAGUGACUCAUACACAAACAGCGUACAAUAAAAUAAAAGAGCAAACAAACAAUAAAACGCUAACUAUUUUGAGCGUGUGCGGUGCAAUAAGAACAAAUCACAACAAAAUGGCUUCUGAGCGGCACGCGACUCGUGUGUUUAUUUGUAUUUGCCUCUCUUUCUCUCUACCCGUUGUCAACGAAGGAGCGAAAGUGUACGAAGAUGGAUUUUCUAAUGAUGACAGUGGUAUGAGAUUGACCAGAGAAUAUCAUUUGAGGCAGGGUGCUAUAAGAGGGUUGAUAGUGAAACCUAGCAGAGAUUAUGAUUUGCAAGCUGUGGAGAUGUUUCUUGGUAUUCCGUAUGCUGCUCCUCCAAUGGGCAGUCUUCGGUUCAUGCCACCAGUCAGUGCCCCUCCAUGGUCAGGGGUAAAAAAGGCAACGCGUUUUGCCCCCGUGUGCCCUCAAGCAAUACCUCCAGUGAAGAAAGGGAACCCGCCAUCUUUAGGGAGACAACACUACAUGGCGAAACUCAAGCCUUUUCUCACCCAUGAGUCUGAAGAUUGUUUAUACUUGAACAUUUAUGUGCCCUAUAGAGAACAAAAGUCCAAGAAGUUUCCAGUGCUGGUUUUCGUUCACGGAGACUCCUUCGAGUGGAGCUCCGGGAAUCCAUACGACGGCAGGAUCCUGGCUUCGUAUGGCAACAUUAUGGUCAUCACUGUCAACUUCAGAUUGGGAAUAUUGGGAUUUAUGAAACCGAGUCUGACAGAGCAUGUCUACGGCAACAACGGUCUGCUCGACCAGCUGGCUGCCCUGCAGUGGAUCAAGGACAACAUUGAAGACCUGAAUGGGGACCCUCAUUCUGUCACGCUGAUGGGGCACGGCACUGGUGCCGCUUGCGUCAACUUUCUGAUGCUCUCGCCUAUUUCUAAUGGUCUAUUCCACCGAGCCAUACUAAUGUCGGGGUCGGCUUUGUCCAACUGGGCCAUGACGAAAGACCCAACUCAGUAUACAUUGCAAGUGGCCCAGAGUUUAGGAUGUAACCCUACAUCGAAGAAUUUGAUGACCUGCUUACAGAAUAAACCAUUAUCAGAACUCAAAAAGGUCCAGAUUUUGGCACGUGAAUUCGAGACUCCUCUCGGGCCAGUAGUAGCUGGAUCAUUCAUACCCAACGAACCAGCAAAGACUAUGGAAUCCUUCCCGAAUCUUUUAAGCAAAUAUCAAAUACUAAGUGGAGUGACAGAACUAGAAAGUUAUCAUAACUUCGGUGUGAUAGAGCUGGAUCAUGGAGUUCUGGAGAAUCAAAGGGAUGAGUUCAUAACAAAAUACGUGAAACUUGUGUACGGUGGUGCAGAAGAUGUGGCUUUGAGGGAAAUUUUGAAGCAAUACGCUCCAUCAAAGUUGGAUCCACAACGCUGGUCGGUGGAAGCCAACCGUGACGUCAUCUUGAACCUCUUCAGCGAUGCCAACACCCUGUCUCCAAUGAUCAAGUUUGCCAAUUACCAGUCCAAGGCCAACAGACAGUCCUACUUCUACGUGUUUGGUCAUAAUUCUGAAAACACCGAUUAUGCACCGCUAAAUAAAAGCGUUCACGGCGAAGAGCUUCCAUACGUCUUAGGCAUUCCGCUAGGUGGCGCUAACACACAUUUUCACGUCCAUUAUACCCAGAAAGAGAAACUGCUCUCCGAGGUUAUGAUGAGAUUGUGGACUAAUUUUGUUAAGAUGGGAACCCCAAACACACAAAGCGUGAACGAAUACUACUCCCUCGACAAGAAGCAGUGGAAUCAGUAUAACGUUGAGUGGCCAGAGUACAACGUUGGACAUCAAUCCUAUUUGAAACUUGAUAUACCGCCGUAUAUAAGCAGCUUAUACAGAUCUAAUUACACCAACUUCUGGAUAGAAUACCUUCCUAAUAAGAUGAGGAGAUACGUAGUGGAUCCGUUGUUCGAAUACACACCGAUACCUACUACGCAGAGACCUAAACCGAGCCAUAAACCCACAGAUACAAUACGUAAACUGUGGCCACCGAAGGUAGCAAAUCCACCUCCUCGCUUCAGAUCCAGUUAUUUUGGAAGAGUUAUACCGAACCCCCCGCCCGUAUACAGACCAGACACUGACAAGAUAUACAGAGAGAUACAGGCCAUAAAGACACCAUCGCGUCCUUUGCCUCCCGGGCUAAUGGAAAAACCUGUACAUUCUCAAACAACAGUCAGACCAAAACCUGUAGCAAACAUGCCAAUGAAAACUUCAGGAGCGACUAUAACUUUAAUCAUUUCUUUAGGUAUUUUGUUCCUAGCUGUGAACGUCGGGAUUUGCGCUAUAUUGUAUUUCAAAAAGCGGAAGCUUCGCUUAAGAGAGCGCACGUUUGAAGGCACUCACCACUCGAGAGCGGAAAUAGGCGAAGUAGACGUAAUCGGUCAAAAGAGUGCUAAGGACGAGAAAAGUGCCUUGCAGACGUUCAAAAAUAGCUGUAGCGUCAUAAAGUCUAUAAGUAUUAAUAAAAUGCGCAAUAACAGCAAAAAGGGUAAGAAAAAUAUGGAACAUUGUAAAACGCCAAAGUCAGACGAUUCUGGUGGAUUUAGAGAACGGUUUCAGCUACGAAGACAUUUAUCUACCAGUACAUUAGAUGCGCAUACGAAAGUAAGGGAUUGGAUUGCUAAUGAAGUUAUGCAUAGAUGCUCGCCGCAUAUACUUAGAAAGUCAAAUUCGGAUUUGAAUACUGAUAAACAGAUAAGCGUAACCAAACCGUUUACUCGAUCUGAAGAGCUACUUUCAGAUCCAAAGAAGUCUAAAAAAGAUCCAUUAAAAAUCGAUGAUAAUAUAAAAUCAAAGACUUUACAGUCUAAAACUAGUAACAAGACAAAAACUUCAGAAAAAACUACAUCGACGUCAGCUCUUGGUUCCCAUUCGUCUAUUGCGAGUAAUAAACUGUCAAUUAGCACCAAGCAUACGCAAAAAUCCAAUGAUUCUUUAAAAAGCAAGGGCACUGAAAGUGUAAAGUCCAAAAAGGUAUCCGUCGCUAUUGACGCAACCCCUGCUGCACGAACAAACUCGAUUCUAAAACAAGAACCCAUUGAACUAUCAAGAUCUUUCGACUGUAAUGAACCUAAACAUUCCAAUGAAGACAAAAUGCGGAGGUCUAAAACUGAAAUUGACUGCGAUAUUAUAGAAAUCAAGCCGGAGAAACCCGAAGAGAAAACUUAUACUAAUGUUGUUACUCUUUCAUUGGGUCGUGAUAAGCCAUUGAAAAUAACACAUAAGCAUUCCUCGUCAGAUCCAGUUACUGACAUAAACUACGACAAAUUGAAAGAGAAACUCGAAUGCGCCACUCAAAUAGUAGAUAUUUUACCUCCAGUGACAUUUAGAAACGAAGUAAACGUUACAUCACGUGAUGAAAGUUUACAAACUCAACCUUUAAGUGCAGCUGAAGCACUACUUACUAUUCAAAGACGGAAUUUUCCCAAAGUACUCCCAGAUUUACCAAAAGCUCAAAAGAGACUGUCUUUGCAACCAACGGCUUUACAAACUUUCAGAAGUAUAGGAAGUGUCGAAAGUCAAUCCGAACGCUCUAAAGUUCCACCACAGCCACCGCCUAGGACUACAACUUUAGACCGUCGACUUGCGUAUAAAAAUACAAAGCCUCUAUCCUCUUUCGAUACAUCAAACGUAAAGAAAAUUCCUGAAACUGAUAUUUUUCCUAAGAAUUAUGAAAAUAUCAAUACUUUAUCACCUUAUCCAGAGACAAAUAGAUCAUUCAACAAAUCAUUCGAAAGAAGCCCGAGUUUUGAUAAACCAGAACCUACUAUAAUAAGAGGAUCAAAAGAACGUGAUUAUCCAAAGGUAAUAAUUGCAUCCAGUGACAUUCCAUCUACACCUGAACCUACAAUUGUCAUCAAACCUUCAUCAAGUCAAACCGAAAUACCUUCAAACGCACCAAGGGUGAGAUUGCCUGAUGAUUUCCAUUCUGGUUCUAUUACUUCCUUUUCAUCAUUUUGUUCGGAAGAUGAUGAUGACGACGAAGAAUUAGAAGAUGAUUUACUCGACGAAUUUGCUGAAGAUCAACUAAUUAAAGAAUUGGUUGGCGGUGUUGAAUCUCCUACAAAUAUGGAAGAUGUUUUAGAUUCGAAAGGUCCAGCAACCAUGUUUGAAAAAAGACUAGAAAUUAUCCCAGUCAAAAUUAACCCAGGUCACAUUGCGCCCAAGCGAAAAGAAGAUUAUAUUUGCAUAUCUGACUUACAGUUACCAGAUGUCAGCGACUUAGAAAAAACUGCACAAAUAAAGCCAAAUUUUGGUUUAAACAAACUUCAACAUAGAAGUGAAAGUAUACAUAGACCUCCAGAAAAAGCAGUUAAACUUAGACAAAAAAAGACUAUGAAACCAGCUAUUUUAAAUAAAAGUAUGAAAAGUAGAAGAAGCAGUGAUAAAAGUAGUGAUUCAAGUAAACUAGAACAUUCGAAUUCAAACUCUUCAAACGAUACUGAGGCUAGUACAGGAACUGUUAAAAAAGUUGAAGUUAAGAAAGAUUAAAUAAAUUAUAAAGUAUAUUUUCGUGCAAGUGUCUAAAGUAAGGGCGCUCACAGACCAACGAUGAUGGCAUUGCCCUAUGUCGACGAUGUUUUCGACAUCAUCCUCGCUGGUCUGUUAGCGCACUAAGCAGCAUUAAGUGCGUGUAUAAUAUUUCCCAUAAUAGUAUUAAUAAACUAGACCAAAGUGCCAAAAUGUAAAGAGCAUUUAGAUAAUAAUAAGUUUUUAUGAAAGUGAA